AACGGCAGAGUGUAAAUAUGGCAGACAAGAGGGAUAAAAUCGCUGCUGCGAGAAAAAAGCUGAAGCAGUAUCAAUCGCGCCAGAAGGAUCGGGAUGGGGAACCGUGCAACGAGCCGACACCGCCGGACAUUGAUCUUGCGGCCCAGACGGCACCUUCGACGUCCCUAUCUUCUGCGUCGUCGACGACGGAGCUACCGGUGACCGCCGUACCGUUGCCAGUGGAACCGGUUCCCGACAGUCACUGGGAUCGAGAUUCAAAUGGUCAAACGAGCGACGGAGCAGCCAGAAUUUCGAACUAUUUUACCACUAACAAAAGCACUGGUGCAUUCCCCGUUUUCAACAGUCCACAGUCCGUGCUGGGAAUGGACAUUUUCGGGAGCAUUGAACCGCAAAUUGCACCGGUUCCGGGUCCGUCUCAGCGUCAACCUGAUCCUCCUGCUCCGGCACCGGGCCCAGUGUUCGACGCCAGUGUGUACAGCAUUAACAAAAUUUCCGACGAAAUCGGUAAUUUGAUAGCGAACGCGAACGCCGAUCUGGGGCCCCAGAACACGAUCCUGGAGCUGGAAUCGGAGAAGGCGGAUCUGGCGCGUCAGCUAAACGCUGAAAAGCUGGAAAACGAGGAGUUGCGCCUACGGUUGCGCAACAAUCAAUCGGUGGUCGACGAGCUGACGAUCGAGCUCGAUCGGCUACGGGUGGAGAGCAAUACGCGUGUGACGGUAGAGCUGGGCCCUUUACAGGAACAGCUUCAAAUGCAAAUUCAAGCGGUCGGUGUGUUGGUGGGUGAGAAGGCGGAACUGACCGCUUCGCUGGCCAAGUGCCAAUCGUUGGUAAAAGAGCGAACGGUUGCCUGCGAGGAGAUAGAGUACCGGCUAGAGGUGACGGAAGCAACCGUACAGAAGCUGACCCGUGAGUUAGAGGAGGCCCGAACAAAGGGCCAACAGUACGAACGGUUGGAAGAGCGGAUCGGUUCGCAGGUGGCCCAGUAUCAGCAGGAAGCGGAACGUUUCCGCAAACUACACGACGAUCUGCAGGAGGAUUUGGCCGAACUGCGCCAGAACCUAACAGUACGCAGCGAAGAGUACCAAGCCGCACAACAGGCCCUCGAACAGGCUCGCUCCGACUUGUCGCUGGCUAGGAUACGCAUCGAUCAGCUAAGCAGUGUCGAUGACGACCGGCAAGACGACAGUAAUGCAAAGAUUGAAUCACUGGCUCAGCAGAACCUCAUCAAGGCCCAGCAGUUGAAGGACCUGCAGGAGGUGGUGAAGCAGAUCGGAAGCGAACGCGACCAGAGCAACCAACAGUACCAGAACUACGUGUUGCACCUGAACAAAGAGAUUGGUAAUCUGGCGGAAAAAAUUCAGGAACUGACCGACGAAAAUAAUCGACUUGCGAAAAGUGAAGAGGCCGCAGUUCGGUUCGCAAAUGAGUUGGAGCGACAGAUACAACAGCAGAUGUUACAGCAGCAAACGUUGGCACAAGCUUCUCGUGAUGAGGGCGAACAGCCGGUUUCGUUACCGCAAACAGAACGGCAACACUUGGAGGCGGUGUACGAGCAGAAGCUAGAAGUUCUCCGGAAGCGUUGUAACGACCUAGAACGGGAGCGGGAUAAGCUUCAGGGCGAUGCUGGAGCGACGGAUCUUGAACGGGACCGCUACGAGACUCUUCUAAAGCAGUCCGAGGAACAGAUCGAGCUUCUACAGUUAUCCGUUGAACGGUUACAGCUCGACAAACCGGACGUGGCGAAGCUCUUGGCGGAGAUCGAGAGUGGUAAGGUUGGAGCAUCGAGAGCCGUCACGCAGAACAACGAGCUGAAGGCCCAACUGGAGGAAAUGCAGCGUGCUUUCGUGCAGAUUAGCAAUGAUAAGCUCAACCUAACCGAUAAACUUCAAACGGAACUACAUCUUGGCAAGGAGAUGAAAGCAAACUACGGCCACCUCGAGGCGGAGUUGGCGGCCAUAAGGGAGCAGUUGCACUACAAAGACGAAGAGAUGAUUCGCUUAGCGCACGAGAACACCGAGCUGAACAAGCAAAUCUUUCAGCACAGCCAAGAGAUCGAUCGGCUGCGGUACUACGAGUCACGAUCGAACGAUGCGGUCACGCUACAGCGCGAGCUGGAAUCGCAACGGCGCACGGUAGAGGAACUCGAGCGACAGCUUUCUGCCAGUUCCCCAACUGUGAAUGGUGACGGUGGUGGUGGUGGUGGUGAAGAUCGACCAAAGGACGUCCGAGAUGUUGAGCGGAAUGAAAUCGAAACAUUGCGGCAGGAGAAGCAAGAAUUGUUGAAAGCCCUGAACCGAUUCCAGCACCAUCGAUCUGUGUCGGGUAAUGACGAAGAUAAAAUGGAUCAGCAGUUAAGGGGCGAUCGCCCAUCAUCGAUCAUGAGCAGCAUAUCGACACUAGAAGCGAUGGAGAAGCUACAAGAACGCUUCAAGCGCACGAUGGUCGAGGUGGCUGAACUAACGGAGGAGCGACAAGUGUUGGAGCAUCUCGUGCUCCAGCUUCAGGAUGAGACGGACACGAUCGGCGAGUACAUCACACUUUACCAGCAGCAGCGGCGCUUGCUGAAGCAGAAGGAUAUGGAACGCAAUCUGCAGCUGCAACAGUUGGCCGACGAUCGAGAGAUGAUGAAGCUUAAGCUUAAGGAGCUAAACUAUCUUGUGCACCGAUUGGUGCACGAACAGCAGGGUGGUGGUAGUGGUAGUGCGGUGGUUCCUACACCUCGUCUAUCUCCUGCUGACCACAUUGUGGAUCUACCAGAGCCGAGCGCACCCACAGCCGCUGGUGCUAGUCCUACUUCUGUCUGUGACCAUCAUGAUGAUCAUUAUCAUCAUUCGUCCGAUACGGAAAUAAGCUCGAACGACAAUGAUGGUACGGUACCGAACGUGCAUAUUAAGGCGACCGAAACGGCUGGACGUAUUCUGUCCCUGCUGACCGACAUGAAGGAAGCCAAUAUACUGUUUGGCAGUGGUGUUCAACAUUGUUCGUGCUGUUCCGGGCGACUCGAAACGGUCUAAAAUACCCACCGCCCCUUUACGCUGUGGUUUAGGUUUUGUUACUUUUAAAAAUAAGUGGUUUAUUAUUUUAAAUCGAUCGUUUCUUCACUUCUACGUACCACUUUUCUUCCGCUCUUCAUUCCCUUCUCCCGGAACCGGCAUAAAAUGGUAUUUGUACGAUUGAUAAAUGUUAAUGACACACG